GGUUCAAAUCCCAGUGGAUGAGUAGGAAAAGAGAAGAAAUGGAACUUUAUUGUCAGAAGUUAGGAGAAAAGGACAUCAAAAUUACAGGGAAAUUUGCUGUCUUUGUACACGCCAAGACCCAGGAGCUGCGGGCGAAGGACCUGAACAUGAAGGUGCACGGGAUCCCAGGCCACGUCUUCCACUUACAGCUGCUUGAGAAGUGUCAUGUGAAGCAGCAGAUCUUGUUGCGAGCCCGCACUGAGAGUGAGAAGCAACGAUGGAUAACAGCCAUGCUCCUCGCAGACAAAGGGAUUGACACAGAACAUGUCGGACUGGAGAAGGAUGACAUUCCUCAGGUCCAGUGUGUCAAGACUUACAAACCCCGGGAAGCUGAUGAGCUGGCGCUGGAGAAAGCUGAUGUCCUCGAGGUGAAGACAAGAACCAAAGAUGGCUGGAUUGAGGGGAUCCGAUUGUCGGAUGGAGAGAGGGGAUGGUUUCCCAAGCAAUACGUGGAAGAGAUAACAAACCGGAAUGCUCGGAUACGGAAUCUACGGGAAAAGAAUCGGAUUAAACAUGCAACCAGGAAACUCCAGGAAGAAUGCCAGUAACAGGAGGCCCGGCUGUGUUGGAGAUACCAUGUGGAGCAUGGAUACCGAACACAUGCCAGAUCUUACAGAGAAACAGCUGACAUUCUAGGUCCUGAGUGUGGAGUCUUUGAGAGACAAGUACUGUGCUCCCCAGUGAGCAACCUUCAUUUCUAGUGCAUUUUGGUGCAUACCAUGUCCCAGUGGUAUAUCACAACAUAGAUCACCCCUUACUCUCCAGCUCUCAAGGAGACACAAGCCAUCUGCAAAAGUUUCUACAGUGGCGACUCAGUGCGCUUUAGGUUCAUACUUACAGGGGCUGUGUCUGACUGGUUGCUGCAGGAGGCAAGAACUCAGUGGCUAAGAACUCACUCCCUUUGAAGCAGCUUCAAAAGGGGUUGGAAGUCCAGGGUUG